UUUGCAAUAUACUGAUAGAGGCGGGAAAAUUCAACAGCAAAAAUUGUUUACUUCUUAAACAUACAAAUAAAGUAUUAGGUGAACAGAGUUGUCCAUCGUAGUCAACAUCCAAUUGCCUUUGCUUUGGCAGUAAGUCUCGCCGCACUUUAGCUUUUCGAAACCCUGUGCUGGGGAGAGAUGCCUUCACUGGGACGCACACAGACUCCUCGACUUCAGCCAUGGCGGACGCUGUCAGGUGCGCCUGCGAGUCAGUGAACCACGUGCUGGGCUACCUGGUCACGAUGCGGGUCUCCGAGAUCCGGCACUGCUUCGAGCUGCUCGGAGUAGCGCACAUGGAGGUGCUCGCCGGCAUGCUCGCUUUCAUCCUGAUGCAGUUCACCAAGUUCACGGUCGUCCUGAUGCUGGCCAUUCUCCUGGCCUACGGCAUAUUCUACAUGUGGGACACUUUCUUCCCGGAAAUCAGUCAGCUCGGUCGCAGGGGCAUGAAGAUGUUCCGCAAUGUGCGCACCUCUGCCAACUUGCCUCCAUUUGCUUCGGACACUGAGGAGACGCCCGGAGAGUACCAAAUCCGACCGAGAGGUCAGCAGUACACCACUGGCAUGAUGACUCCGCCGAAUACCAUCAACAUGCCAAUGCUACUGCCGGUGAUACAAACGAGGAAUGUCAGAAGCACAAGUCUGCAAACGGAUCAUAGGCGACAGGAGGAGGAGAACAAGCGGGGAUCGCGUGGCAGAGGUCGCUCAUCGUAUCAGGAAUCCCAGGAUACGGAUAGAAAGAACCGAAAGGAGCGACCCUACUGGCGAACUGUUAACUCUGCACUGGACAGGGAGCAGCCGUCCACAUCCAAGAAAGCAUAUCAUGGAGCCAGUGGCGGUGGCGAGUCCAGGCGGAUGCCCAAUGCCAUGAGGAUCCCGACGGUUACCAGCGGAGUGGUGGAGGUCAGGAGAACGAGUGACCAACUCAAGCGACUGCCCAAUAUCACAAGCGCAGAGUCGCGGCGGACAACCAAGGCAGCUGGUGGUGCCUUCGAUGCCAGGAAGUUGCACCACAUAACCAGUGGGGAGAUCACGGAGUCCCGAAGGAUUCCCAAGAUAACCAGUACAACCACUGAGUCCAGAUGGCUACCCCGCGGGGAAAUGAAAGAAUCUCGUAGGAUGCAGCAAAUCACCAGCAACACGAAUGCAUCCCGAAGAUUACCCACUGUCACCAGUGGUGAGGUGAAGGAGUCCAGGAGGAGUUCGCAUCCCAGCGCAGGUGGCGAGUCCCGUCGCACUUCGAAUGCCCAGAGAGAUCGUGACGGCGGUGGUGGGGAGUCGAGAUCUCGUCGGUCGGCGGAGAAACCCAAUCCCGCCCAAGGUCGCCGACACGAGGAGCCAUCGAAGCAGCAGCGGAGCAACAACGCGCAUUCCGGAGUGACUAAGCGGCUAUUUCCGGAUGAUCAUUUCGAGCGGCUGAAGCUGGAGAACCGGGAGUUCCAGGCCCGCCGCCUGCAAGCGAGUGGAGCUGCAUUCCGGCAAAGUCUGAGCAAUCCCACCUCCGAGGGAGCUCUGCUCACCAAGCAGGAUAACUUCUUCGACAACCACCGGCAAUCCGACAGGCGGGACAUCCAAAGGAGCACCAAGUCAAGUAAUCCAAAAGAUGCCAAUCAUCGGCACCGAGCCCAUCAUCGCCUGCCUAAUCCGCUACUUUAAAAUGGAGGAGCGCAGCAUGCGCAGGAAGCCCUCAUUCCCCAGCUGUGAAGCCAGGUGAAACCCUCUAUGGAUAAUUCCCCAGAGUGUUCCGUCUAAUUAGUCCUCCAAAGCCUCUCAACAACCAGCACUGAAUCGAGGAAGACCAUCCAGUUUGGCGAAUAUCCCAGGACGGUCGAGCUGGCUGACGGCACUGAGGAAAGACCAAAGAUCAAGAGAGUCCCGCAGUUUCCCACAGGUAGGAGUACUCCUGUUGAUAACACCCAAGUGGAAAGCAGGGAAUCCAGCCGUGAGCUGAAUAAUCCGGAGGAGUAUCCCUACGUGGUGGAGAUACCCGAGCAGGAAGAAGAAGAAGCGAAAAGGGGGAGCCAAUCUGCCAAAUCCAAAAUCAAAUGAGGCGUUAGAAUGGAGAAAAGAACGCGGAACUCAUUUUCUAUGUUAUCCAAAUUAUUGAUUUUUGUAACAAA